AACGUUUGUUAGCCUUAUUGUACAUAUAACACGUGCAGAAACCUUGUCGAGGAUGCGUAACUUAGCUAAAGCUUAGCUGAAGGUUUAAAAGACUAUUUAAUGUUAUUUCUUACCUUGCCAAACAUUUCAAUCCCAACCUUGUGAUCUCGCGCUUAUCUAGCUGAGAUUUGGCGAAAGCUAUACCUUGGUAUUGCUUCACCAUUCACCUAGUUCCCGUCGCUAGAUCCUAGUGUCUAUCUUUAAUAACAUCUUCUUGGACGUACUUGGUAUAUAUAAUAAGUUGAGUAUUUCUUCAAGUAGCAUUAUCAUCGUCAUCUUGCUAUCGGCUUAUCUCGGCUUAACCCGACUCAUUACAACCAGCAUUCUUAUUGUUGUUUUCACCGAUAACACGGUAGAAAAUGUUUUGGGGCAAGAAGAAGGAAGAAGACCAACAGGUGGUCUCCGAGGAUGUUGUCGAUACGGCGCCUCCUAUUGACCAGAAACCCUUCUGGCAAGUCAUUUGGCCUGUUCUGGCUUGCGGCGCUGGUCUCUUUUCCGAUGGUUAUGUGAACAACGUCAUUGGCUCCGUAAGCACGACGCUGGGAUUAGAAUAUGGAGAUACCUACAACAACUCCAACGCGGCCAGCAUUGUACCGGCUAUCGCAUUCGCCGGGACGGUUGUUGGUCAACUAUUCUUCGGAUAUCUAUCCGACAAGUGGUCGCGCACGAACUCUCUCCUCAUAUCGACUAUCAUCCUAAUCAUCUUUACGGCUCUUGCCGCCGGAUCAUACUACCAUAACACCGCCGUUGGGUUGUUCAAUAUCUUGACUGCUUGGCGAUUCUUUGUCGGUAUUGGUAUUGGGGGCGAAUAUCCGGCCGGAAGUGUGAGCUGCGCCGAGUCCAGCGGCGAGUUGAAGAGCGGUACCCGAAACACCUGGUUCAUUCUGUUCACGAACUCUAUGAUAGACUGGGGUUUUGUCUUCGGCGCAUUCGUUCCUUAUGUCGUUGCUGCUGCCGCUCACAAUUCUCAUUUCGGCACAAUCUGGAGAACAAGCUUGGGAAUUGGCGUCGUAUUCCCGUUGGUCUUAUUUGUCCUACGUCUCAAGCUUAAGGAGCCUGCUGAAUUCUCCCGAAACUCCAUGAAGCAUGCCAAGACACCAUAUCUUCUUAUUUUCAGAUACUAUGGAUUCCGUCUACUAAUCGUCAGUUUAAUCUGGUUCAUUUACGACUUCUCGGCUUAUUCAUUCUCGAUCUACUCGAGUUCUAUUCUCGCCAACAUUUACGGAGACAGUCAGGUCCUAACGACUAUUUUCGGAUGGAACACGGUCAUCAACCUGUUUUACAUCCCGGGCACUAUGCUGGGAGCUCCCAUUAGCGACCGCCUUGGUCCCCGCUACACUCUUAUCCUUGGCCAAGUUCUACAGGCGAUCGUUGGAUUCAUCAUGGCCGGCUGCUACGCGAAGAUCUCACACCCUUCUGUUGUUGGCGCCUUCGCGGUCGUAUACGGCAUUUUCCUGUCCCUAGGCGAGGUCGGACCCGGAAACAACAUCGGCCUGCUAGCUGCCAAGACCUGCGCAACAGGUGUCCGAGGCCAGUACUACGGUAUCGCCGCAGCUUUCGGCAAGAUCGGUGCCUUCGUAGGAACAUACGUAUUUAAACACAUCAAAUCCUCAGACAACGACCCCAUCAAGUCAGCCCAGUACAAGUUCUACGUCAGUUCCAGCUUGUGCAUCUUCGCGUCUGCCCUAGCGUUACUGCUUCCCCAUAUCGACCAGGACACCAUCACCAAGGAGGACGCCAACUUCAGGGCCUACCUUGAGAGCAAGGGCUGGGAUACAAGACAGCUCGGGCUUAAGAAAGGAGAGAGCCUCGAGUCUUUCCCCGAGGAGUCGGAGGACAACACGGUGCCUGUUUCCAAGGCUGAGUGAUGCUAGUCUAAAUCAGCGUUUUUGAUUGAGUUAGAUCGAGUUAAGUUGUAUUGGAUACCCCCUUUCCUUAGCUGGAAAAUAAGAUACCUAGUAUCGUUAUUAUAUCUUAGAUAAUGAGUAGACAAUAAAAGUUAAUAUACUCUAUGUCAAAAA